GAACACCUGCCUUCCCUCUCAACAGUUUUAUGGAUACAGGGGUGGGCUCUCUCUUGGCUCCCUUCACAGCCACAUCUCAUUUAUGUGGAGCCUACUCAGAGUGAUCCUUAAUCUUCCAGUUAUACUCAAUGCUUCCAGGUAAUGAACCAAGAAGAUCAUGUCUGAAGUACAAGGAACGGUUGAGUUUUCUGUAGAGCUACAUAAAUUUUAUAAUGUGGAUCUGUUUCAGAGAGGGUAUUAUCAGAUCCGAGUGACCUUGAAGGUGUCCUCAAGGAUCCCCCACAGACUGAGUGCCUCCAUCGCUGGGCAGACAGACAGUGGCAUCCCGCACUCAGCCUGCGUCCACGACAGCACCGUGCACAGCCGGGUCUUCCAGAUCUUAUACAGGAAUGAGGAGGUGCCCAUCAAUGAUGCCGUGAUCUUCCGAGCGCAUUUACUCUUAGACGGUGAAAGGGUAGAAGAGGCGGUAAGUGAAGUGGAUUUCCAGCUCAAGGUGGAUUUGCACUUUACGGACAGUGAACAACAGCUGAGAGACAUGGCCGGGGUCCCCGCGAUCAGCAGCCGUGUGCUGGGCCUGCACUUCCAUCCCCGGAGAGGCCUGCAUCACCAGGUGCCCGUCAUGUUCGACUAUUUCCACCUGUCAGUGAUCUCGGUGACCAUCCACGCCGCCCUCGUGGCCCUGCAGCAGCCGCUGAUCAGUUUUACUCGCCCAGGAAGAGGCUCCUGGCUUGGGAAAGGCGGCCCAGACACAGGACCAGAGCAGUCUAGCCUUUCCCUGGAAAACCUGGUCUUCGGAGCUGGAUACUGCAAGCCGACCUCCUCAGAGGGGAGCUUCUAUGUGCCCUCCGAGAACUGCAUGCAGCACGCUUACAAGUGGCACCGGGAGCUGUGCUUCCUGCUCUUGCACGCCUACCGGGGACUGCGUGCCUACUUCCUGACCAUCCUGAGGGACAUCCCGGAGCUGCCGCGCAUGGAGCUGGAGUCACUUGCUGUUGAAGAAACACUCUCUCAGCUGUGCUCAGAGCUACAGAUGCUGAAUAAUCCGGAGAAGAUAGCUGAGCAGAUAAGAAAGGAUCUCGCCUGGCUGGCCUCCCGCCUGACGGCCCUGUGGACCCAGUUCCUGGACACAGUGACGCUGCACUCCAAAGUGACCACUCAUCUCACCCAGGAGCAUCACACCUUGCGGGUCCGAAGGUUUUCCGAGGCCUUCUUUUAUAUGGAGCACCAAAAACUUGCAGUCCUGACUUUUCAGGAAAAUCUGAUCCAGACCCACAGCCAGCUGUCCCUGGAUAUCCGGAAUUCGGAGUACCUCACCACCAUGCCCCCGCUGCCCGCAGAAUGCUUGGACAUUGACGGAGAUUGGAACACCCUGCCCGUUAUCUUCGAGGACAGAUAUGUGGACUGCCCAGCCACAGGAUGUAAUUUGAGUAUUUACCCUAAUUUUGAUGUUCCAGCAACAAGUCCAGCAAUAAUGAACCUAAACAACAGAGAGGAGGACCUUGUUGUAAAUAGAAAAUCACCUUUGAGGGAAAGCCUUGUCUUGGCCUCCAUGAAACCGCCCUGCACGGACUCUGGUGAGGUUAUUAGGUGUCCCGGGCCCAGUAAGAAGGCCGCCACACCCGGUCAUGCGGAUGUGUGCUCUGAAUCUCAGGUGUAUCUGAUGGUUGGUGAAUUCCAGAGCAAGGCAGGUGUGCCUGAAGUUGACCAUCGGACUGGCCCAAGGUCUGAUGUUGGGGGGCAUCCGCUGGCAGAUGAGGACCUGCCCAGAAGGAGCCCUGGUCCAGAGGAUGGCCAGGCCCCAGCGCUGACCUACAUUGACGUGAAAUCUAGCAAUAAGAACCCCUUCAGAGCAGAACCCACAGUGCUCACCGGUGCCCAGCAUGAGAGUGGGUGCUCCAGAGACAAGCACGAAUUCGGCAGAACUGAGCGAAGCAAAGGGGUAGCAGGUGGAAGUCAUCACAGUGCCGUCUUUUCAGAGAAAACCACCCUGCAUGAGUUAAGUUGUCUAGGAAAGGGAGUGGACCAAGGGAGCAAGAUGGUGCUGCUGAGUCUGAAGGUCACACCCUCGGAGCCCUGCGAGCCGCUGCAGUCUUCUUUGAGGGACCCCUUGGACAUCAAGGGUUUGCCAAAGGACCCUCACGCAGAGGAGAAGGAGGAAGUGUCUGUCCUCUCUGGGGUCAUCAAGAGAUCUUCUUCCAUCAUCUCUGACUCAGGCAUUGAGAGCGAGCCAAGCUCCGUCGCCUGGUCCGAGGCUCGCAGCAGAACCCUGGAGCUACCCAGUGACAGGGACUUCUUGCAGCAGCUGGUCCGGAGACACGCCCUGCACAGAAACUCUCUGGAGGGGGGGCACACCGAGAGCAACACGAGCUUGCCCAGCGGGAUCCAGGCCUCUCUCACGUCCAUCAGCUCUUUGCCUUUUGAGGAGGAGGAGCGGGAACUGGCACUCACGAAACUGACCAAGUCAGUGUCCGCGCCCCAGAUCAGUAGCCCCGAGGAGUCUGCCGAGGAUGCGGACUCUGCACGGCAUGGGGGUGGUCCCUCUGAAACUUCAGCCGUGCCCACCGAGAGCACCGACCCUUCAGGACGCUGCCUUCGACCCAGCGAUGGCCCCGCAAUCCAGGAAGCUGGGGUCGACCAUGGCCUUGUGGAGGAAGUCUCAGAUGACAACCUGCAGGGCCCCAGUUACAUAGAUAUCCCCAAAGGUCAGGAGGGUCGGUUUGACCCCCAAGGCCCCUGUUGUCUGGAUGGCAGGACUGACAACCCUCCAGGUGUUGAAACCAAAGGUCUGAAUUUAAAAAUACCACGCCUCCUCGGACUCGCAGCGCCUGGGCACAGAGCUUUGCCCAGAGAACCUGUGGAGACCCCGAAAGGCGUGCCUGGAAACUCUGACAUGGGGACAAGGGCUCCUCUCGACAGCGGCGUGCUGGACGUUGAGAGUCUCACCCACCCCAAGGUGCCUGACGUGAGCUGUGCAGCCACGGCCAAAAUCAUCAACGUGGGCUCUGCAGGGGAGCAAAGCAGCUGCCCUGGCCUCGUGGAGGAUACGGCGCCAAGCAGAGGAGAUGACACCUGCCCGGAGGAUGUCCGAGGAGCAGACACCGUGGGCUCCGCUGUGACUCAGUCCGUUCCCUCCCAGGUUACGGGGAACCAAGAGCCCAGGGCAGGCGCCUCCAUCAUGCUCUCCCACGUGACCUCUGCAGAGACCUUCUCUCUGGAUAGCCUGAAAGCUGUCGAGGUCGUCAACCUGUCUGUGUCUUGCACUGCCACCUGUCUCCCUUUCUCGUCUGUGCCCAAGGAGACCCCUGCCAGGGCUGGAUUCUCCUCCAAACAGACCCCAUUCCCCAUCACUCAUCAACCUUUGGGUUCCUUUGGAGUCGUUCCCAACCAUUCCAGGAAGCUGGAGGAGGAAGUCAGCGAGAGAAUGUUCAGUUUUUAUCAGGCCAAAGAGAAAUUUAAAAAAGAGCUGAAGAUUGAUGGAUUUCUGUACAGUGACUUAUCUGUACUAGCUUCUGACAUACCGUAUUUCCCACCAGAGGAAGAGGAAGAAAAUUUGGAAGAUGGGAUUCACCUGGUAGUCUGUGUCCAUGGCCUGGAUGGGAACAGUGCAGACCUCCGGCUGGUAAAGACUUUCAUAGAACUGGGGCUCCCUGGAGGAAAACUGGAUUUCCUCAUGUCUGAGAAGAAUCAGAUGGACACGUUUGCAGAUUUUGAUACCAUGACUGAUCGGUUACUGGAUGAAAUCAUUCAGCACAUCCAGUUGUACAACCUCUCCAUAUCGAGAAUUAGCUUCAUCGGCCAUUCUCUCGGCAACAUCAUCAUCCGGUCGGUCCUCACGCGGCCCCGGUUCCGGUAUUACCUCAACAAACUCCACACCUUCCUGUCGCUGUCCGGGCCCCACCUGGGGACUCUGUACAACAACAGUGCCCUGGUCAGCACAGGCUUGUGGCUCAUGCAGAAAUUGAAGAAAUCCGGGUCACUUUUACAGCUGACCUUCAGGGAUAACGCUGAUCUGCGCAAAUGUUUCCUCUACCAACUAAGCCAAAAGACAGGUCUGCAGUAUUUUAAAAACGUUGUGCUGGUUGCUUCUCCCCAAGACCGCUAUGUGCCCUUUCAUUCAGCCAGGAUCGAGAUGUGUAAAACCGCCCUCAGAGACAGACACACAGGCCCUGUUUACGCAGAAAUGAUCAACAACCUUCUCCGCCCUCUGGUGGAUGCCAAGGACUGCACUUUGAUCCGACACAACGUGUUCCAUGCCUUGCCCAACACUGCCAACACCCUGAUUGGCCGAGCAGCUCACAUCGCUGUGCUGGACUCCGAGCUCUUCCUGGAGAAGUUCUUCUUGGUGGCAGGACUCAACUACUUCAAGUAGUGGCUUUGAGCGCGCGGGCCUUGGGGAGCUCGCCAGAAAUGAUUAAGAUCCUUGAGGGCUCUGGCUGAGACAUCCUUUUACAGACCUCUGUCAUUCCAGGGUUGAACUCAGAGAGGAAGGCGCUGAGGGGUGGAGGGUGGGAUGGAACUGGACAUUCGAGGUGCUUCCAUUUUCGGAGAGUUUGGGAAAGCUGAAUCGAUGGUGUCAAAGACAACAGACUUUGCCCGAACCUGUCUAGCCGCCUGGAGUCUCAUUCAAGAUGGUUUCUAGCAAAAUUUGGAAGAAAUAAAGAAACAGAAUUCUUAGAGUUGGUGAGCCCACCUUCUUAACUCCCACUGGCUCACAGAGAGAUGGCUCCAACUUAACUAGGCUUGUUGGGUAUGUGACUAGUUCAUAGCUUUAUCAUUUUUGAUGCACUCAAGCAUUUCAGAACUCAGGUUAACCUCUGUGCAGAAGUGGAACAUAUUUGUGUAAAUAUAAUCCUUAAUUGAUUCAAAUGUGCCACUUGUUCAAGACCAUGUGAACCCAUAUUCUUAUGCUCUCCUCACAUUUUCUCAACAAAGGACAAAGGAAUGCUU